GUUCCGUGUGUGUGUUUGUGUUCGCUCCUAUCUGCGUCACAGCUGAACCUUGUCGCUGGUCGGAGGGUGAAGAAGAGACGCGGUGUUUCUUGUGUUUGAUCUUUUCCAGAGAAAUCCUCUAUCAUGGUGAAAGUGACCUUUAACUCAGCUCUCGCCCAAAAGGAGGUGAAGAAGGACAGCGAGACUCUUAUUCCUGAUGACAAGGACCCUGAGGCAUCACAAGUUGUAGGCCGGCCUUCAAGGGCUUGGUGCUGGUGCUUUUACCUGGGAUUGGCCCUCAUACUGUCGGGUGUGGUUGUGGGUGGAGCUUACCUGUACAGGUACUACGUGCUGGAGGAAGGGCAGGUGUUUGUGUGUGGUGUGAAGUACCGUGAGGAGAACUUCAGGAUCCAGGAGGAGAAUGAUUACCUCAUGGAGGAACCUGCAGUGGGCUUGCGUAGGAUCGAUGAGAUUGUGCGAGUGCUGCAAGAUGAGGAGGUUGAGCUUAUCAAUGUCCCAGUGCCCAACUUCAGUGACAGCGACCCUGCCAUCAUCGUGCAUGACUUCAAACGGAGGCUGACUGCGUAUUUAGAUCUGAGUCUGGAUAAAUGCUAUGUGAUUCCCCUGAACAUGUCUGUGGUCAUGCCUCCUCACGACUUAAUGGAUCUGCUGGCCAAGCUCAAGGCUGGCACCUACCUGCCACAGACGUAUCUGGUACAUGAGGAGAUGAUUGUGACAGAGAAGCUGGAUGACAUCGAGCCCCUGGGUUCCUACAUCUACAAAGUGUGCAGAAACAAGGACACAUACAGACUGCAUCGCCGAGACACCAUACUGGGUAUGCAGAAACGUGAAGCUCUGAACUGUCGCAAGAUCCGGCAUUUUGAGAACCUCUUCGUGAUGGAGACCCUGAUCUGUGAGCUGUGAAGCGAAACAGAAAGAAAAGAAGAUAAAUUGAAAAGAGAGAGAGAGAAAGUGUGAAAAAAAAAAGAGAAAGAAAGGGAUUUUAGUUUCAUUUUUAGUUUCGUCACUUUUCUGUUGCACAUAAAAUCAUGUUGUGGGUCAUUUAAUGAUUUGCUUUCAUUUCCAUUAGGCUUUAAACUUCUCUAAUUCUUGUUCAUGUGUAAUGUGUUCUAAAAUUUUGUGUGUGUGGAGAGAGUGCAUGUUUCGUCAGGAUCAUAUUCUUUUUUUUAUUGAUUUGUUCUCUUGGGAUGAUACUAAGUAACACAUUUAAUAUUUUAGAUAUGAAUUAGAAAAAAAUAAACAAUGUAGAAAUCUAUAUUCAAAUAAGUUCAAUGUAUAUUUUCAAAUUCACAGACAUAUUCUGGCAUGAAGGUAAAAAUAAAAGUAAUUUUUAUACCACUGAACCAUGUGGUGCCUGUGGAUUUAACAGCAGAAAAUAUUAAAUUUGAAGUAAAAUUGCUUCUAUAUUUCUUACAUCCUACUAAAGCAUUCAUAACUAGAGAAAAGAAAAAAAUGUGUGUAGAAGAAACACAGUAAGUGUAAUUUAUAUAAUGGCCUUUGUGUAAAAAUAAUAAAGUCUUAAACUGUC